UCUUUGGCGUUAUUGUACUUUUAUACUGUACAUAGUUUCCGCUGCGUCCUUACGACUUUUCGUUUUUCGUUUUAAUGCUUAAUUUAUAGCCACCAAUCAACUGCAUACGUUCGUUUGCAAGAAAGAAGUGUCUGCUCGCUUCAUUCGCGUUUCUACAGAACGGGCUUUCAAACUUUGCGAGGUUUCCGUCUUUUCCAGAUACACAACUUCCCCUGUCCAAUGUGGUACAAUCCCUUCGAUGGACACUUGGUCUUACUUUCGCGGUCUGUGCUUUUUUGGGAGUCAAACCGUUUUGCCAUGGGACAGCGCCGGUUCUCAGUGUCUUAUUAACCAGGCUCUGUUAGCCAAUCAAGUUGACUGGCCCUUACAGUACUUUCUGACUGUAUAUCUGAACAACAAAGCUCCUCGAGAAGCUCAAAAUUACUGGAUCGGUUUGAGCACCGAUGUCAACAAAGACUGGAAGUGGACAGAUGGUAUCGGCAGCUACUUUUGGGCUACUCAGCUGUUAAGAAACGUUAACGAAUCUGCAUCUGCUUCUGCCGCUAUGGCGAGACUUUACAACUGGAGGUGGAUUCCGUCCAGACAGACUGCUUGGUUUAACUGGAUAUGUCAGCGAAGGCCACUGUUCUGCAGCAGUCCGGCGGUUCCAAAGAACGGUGGAAUCAUGCUUUCUAAUCAGAUAUACAAAAUAGGCUCAUCUGCUUAUUAUUACUGCAUCUAUGGCUUCGUAAUAGUUGGCAGAAGUGUUCGGAUAUGCUUGGAAAAUGGGACAUGGUCAGAUUUGCCUCCGACAUGCGAACGUAAGUAUAGUGUGAUUGCUUGGCGAGUUAAAUUUAAUGUUACUUUUGAAUACAAAUGCAGUUUCGGCAAAGCCGUCCAGGGAAACUCGACAAGGGUAUGUAUGGCAGAUGGCACCUGGUCUGGCGGUGUUCCCACGUGCGCCGAUGUCGAGUGUGGAGUUCCGCCACCAAUCGAAAACGGGAAAUUCUUCUUAACGUCUAACAGCUCUGCUAUCAGUAACACUGCACAGUAUUCCUGUGACAAAGGCUAUCGCUUGGUUGGAAUAUCAGUUUUAAACUGUGGACCAAAUGGUCUGUGGUCUCCAGCGGUAGCGCCUUUAUGUUACGGGUCUUCUACUUUUCAAGUUUAUCCGUCCAGCAACCACAAUGAAAGGCAAAGAUGUUACCAGCGCUUGUAG